GCGAAGAUGCCGGGUCCGGGCCGGCGCCCACCGCAGUAGACCUACCGGGACGGUGCUGCGCAGACCGACGGACGGAGCGUCUGCUCCCAGUCAACCCUGGUGACCAUGGCGGUGUUUCACGACGAGGUGGAGAUCGAAGACUUCCAGUAUGACGAGGACUCGGAAACCUUUUUCUACCCCUGCCCGUGUGGCGAUAACUUCUCCAUCACCAAAGAAGAUUUGGAGAAUGGGGAAGAAGUGGCAACGUGUCCCAGCUGUUCUCUUAUUAUAAAAGUAAUUUAUGACAAAGAUCAGUUUAUGUGUGGAGAAACAAUCCCAGCUCCUUCAGCCAACAAAGAAUUAGUUAAAUGCUGAAGAAACCUUCAGA